UGACUCGGCGAUCGUUGUGCUUCGACAAACCAAAACUAUUGGGAUUGUGCAUUAGGGGUCGUGUCAAAUCUCUGGAGAUUAUAAAGUGGUAGAGAAGAUCAAUGGGGUCUGGGAAAUUUGCGGGAAUAUAUUUGAAAUUUGAAUGUCGUGAAGUAUUACGAUCAGACGGACCGAGGGAGGGACGGAGAGACACAGAGCAGGGAGAGAAUCAAGCCAGCUGUGUUUACGAAAAGAGCUAUUCUUUCACGACAGUCUACUACGCAAAGUGCAAAACGGGAAUACAGAAUUAAAUCUUACCGAUAGAAGCAAACUCGCGCGUUGCUCAUAAUAAUAUGACAUUUGUAUAACGGACAACGUAAUUAGAGAUUGUUUUAAUUUUCAUCGUUGUACGUACAAACAUUGCAAAUAUGCAUCGUUACGAUCAGGAAGAUUUGGCAGGACCAUACCAGGCAGACGUAUGGGCGGUAUCAGACAGAACACCGUUACUGCAAGGACACUGCAGCACAAUGGGAGACAAAAUCGGUAUUUCCCAGCAAACGCUCGUCUCUAACGCAGAGUUCAGCUCCAAUGGAAAAAAGCUGCCACAAUAUAUUGCAGCAAUAGCUGCAACCCUUGGCAGUCUGGCUUUUGGCGCGGUUUUAGGUUGGUCAACUUCAGGAGGUGACGGAGGUAUAGAUUUGGCUGCAGAAUACAACAUAACGAUAUCAUCGUCAGAGUUCUCUUGGAUUGGAUCAAUAACAAAUUUGGGAGCGGCAGCCGUUUGUGUUCCCUUCGGAGUUCUAAUGGACCUGAUAGGGAGAAAACCAAGCAUGCUUUUGCUAGUUGCACCUUUCUUGGUUGGCUGGGGAUUAAUUAUUUGGGCAAACUCAGUGGUAAUGUUUUACGUGGGAAGAUUCAUACUAGGAGUGAGUGGCGGAGCAUUUUGCGUUGCAGCUCCUGUGUAUACUGGCGAAAUAUCAGAGCCCUCGGUCCGUGGUACCCUGGGAUCGUACUUUCAGCUGAUGUUGACCAUUGGUAUCCUGUUUUCAUACACUCUGGGCGCAUUUGCACCAAUCAAAACGCUUUCAAUAGUAUCAGCAAUUAUUCCACUAAUAUUUUUUGCUGUGUUUUUCUUCAUGCCUGAAUCCCCAGCCUAUUAUUUGAUGAAAAACAAAGAUGAUCUGGCCAGGUCAAGUCUUCUGAGGCUGCGUGGUCCUGCUUACGACAUUGAACAAGAGUUACAGGCUAAAAAAGAUACCAUUGCAGAAGAGGUAAAAAAUAAAGCCUCGUUCCUAGAAGCCAUAAGGACACAGGUUGCCAGAAAAGGAUUGAUCGUUGCCUUUGGACUGAUGAUGUUCCAGCAAUUGAGCGGAGUCAACGCUAUCAUAUUUUACACCGGCAGCAUCUUCGGCGAAGGAGGAAGCAUGUCUUCUGAAACAUCAACAAUUAUUGUUGGAGUGAUUCAAGUCGUCGCAGUAUUUGCGAGUACACUGGUAGUAGACAAACUUGGGCGAAAAAUUCUUCUGAUAUCAUCCAGCACUGUAAUGACUAUUGGUGCUUUUACUGUUGGGAUAUACUUUUAUUUAUCGCACACAGGAGUAGACGUGUCUGCAUAUAAUUGGAUUCCAUUGAUCGCAGUUUCCCUUUUUAUAUUCAUGUUCAAUCUGGGUCUUGGGCCAAUUCCAUGGAUGAUGGUAGGAGAGCUGUUUGCUCCGCAAAUAAAGGGCAUUGCAGGUAGCAGCGCUUGUUUAUUCAACUGGAUAAUGGCCUUUUUAGUAACAAAGUUUUACAGCGAUCUGGUGACAGCAUUUGGAAAUUACACUACAUUCUGGAUAUUCAGUGUAGUUUGUGCCCUGAGUAUCGUAUUCUUCGUAUUCGUCGUCCCUGAGACAAAAGGAAAAACUCUUGAACAGAUUCAGCAAGAAAUGGGUGCGGUACCUGCACCUCCACCCACUUCAAAUACAAUAAAAGUUUAGAAAACAA